AUGGGGAACGAGUCGCCUUACAAAGAUACCUCUUCACCGUAUAAAGACGAAUCUUCACCUUACCAAGAAGCCUCUGCACCUCGCGGAAAUUCAUCUCCAUCUCAUGACGAGAGUUGGCCAAAGUGUGGUUUCACACCAGCAGAAGCGAAGAGUCGAGGAUGCAAGUUCGACAUUCUCAGCUUCGCGUGGCAGUUACCAGAGUGCUAUAACGCAAAGCUCAUGGAAGAGUUCCUAGCCGAGAAAGAUUGGGCAUUCUACCGAGAUCCAGAAGGCACGUCAUCCGUUUCCAGAGACGUUGCGUUGCAAGGAGAGCUCGACUUGUAUGUUACUCAAGAGUAUCACCGUACACACUGCAUGUACAUGUGGUGA